AUGAGUGAUUCUAGGCAGCAGUCCCUGUUUUUCAUCACACUUCCAGAUUUACAUAAACUCUGUGCUGUCCGGAUAGUAUUGAAUAACAAGGUGUCAGAUUCUGAGAUUAGGACUACCCAAAUGAAGAUGUGCAGGCAAUUGCUGUUUUUGCAUCAAGACAUUCUUACAGCACCUGUGUCUGGAAUAUUAAACCAAAUUUGGGUGAUGAUGACGAUACCAUUUUUUAAAGCUGGGACUCUUAACACCUACAUUGAAAAAUAUGGAGCUAAGAUGGAAGCUCCACAAAGGGUAAUUCCUGCAAUUCUUCAAAACUGCCUUUCAUAUUCACUCAUGGCUAGACUUGCUCCAGCCUGGAACAAAACAGGCCAUCUCUUGGUACAAGGAAGAGAUUUUCUUUCUCAGAUGGGAAAGCAAAGUGCUGUUGUAUUAGAUAUCAACGUAACAGAAAAUCAAAUUUGUCUAAGUAUAGAAGUUUGCACUAUCAGAUUGCCACCUGCUGAGCUAAAGGAGUUUGAAAUUUCUCAGAAUAUUAUAGAGGAUUUUCAUACCAACCAGAAUGCUGUCAUUGAGAGACAUUCCAUUUUGAGCAACUGGUGCUAUGUUUUACCAAGUAUGAAAAUGGGGCAAAUAACAAAUAUUGUUCAUGCCACGCCUCCUGACUGUCCAUUUCAUUCAUUCGAAGAUUUCCAGACACAUUGGGAUGACCUGUAUGGCUAUAAACUUCCAGAAGAUUAUGGAAAUAUGAAAAUAUAUUGCAACAUCUACUUCAAAAUGAUCAGAGAAAGGCCCUUCACUUACCCUCUCAGUUGCAUCAGAAGCCAGCCCAUUCACUUCUUUCCAAGGGUAGAUUUGGAAGGUGUGCUGAAAAGUUUUCUUUCAGAUUUAAAAUCUAAACUGCCUCAUGUAUGUGGAUUUCCCGUAAAGAUGACAAACAAACCAUGUUACUACACACAGGAACUAACCAAACCUUGCAUACAGGAAAACAAAGUCAAGCCACCCAAUCUGACCACUAAAAACAGUUUAGCUUCUCUGACUCAGGCCACUUCCAUGAAACCCACCUGGGCUCCAAGUCACCUCUCAUGUUCAAUCACAGUAGACCACAAGGUGGAGCCUGUCCGCCUGCUACAGUCGGUCCCUUCCUCAGCUCUGCACCACCAGCCAAAGUCUGCUCAGGGUACAAAGCAGUACUUGUCUCGAAAGGUACCACAGCUACCUCUGGAAGAGGCAAAACCCAAGCUCAGUGGAGGAGACACACAAGCUCAAUAUACAAGUCUUAGCUCCCAAAGUAACGUCCCUAAAUUCAUACCAGUUUUCAAAAAUAGAUCGUUACAGAUGAACAAAAAUAUCUCAGCACUUCACAACCUGAAAAGAAAACAGCAUGUUGUUACAGAAUCUAAUUUUUCACUUAAAACUAGUAUAGCCCAGGAAGACAAACUGAAUUUAGAUCCAGCUGUUAAAAAAAGACCAAACAGCAACAUGCAGGAACAUGCUAGAAAUUUAAAUCAGAAGAACUCCAGACCUCUGCAAGAAAAAAAUACCAAACCCAAUAAACAUAAGACGAAAUAUCCUUCUUCUAGUGGAAUAUCAACAGUGAGCUUCAAUGAAAGUUACCAGCUAACUAACAGAGCAGUGUUACAGAUGUCAAGUAACAAUGUAGGUGUGAUAAAAAGUGCUGUUGACUGCCAAGUGAAUGAAAAAGACAACUUAACAAGCAGGUGUAUAACACAACUUUUAGGGAAAAGCCAUGAGUCACUAAAACUGAAAAGACAGCCACACAUUUUUGAAUCAGACAUAGAAACUGAAGAUUCCCAACAACUACAGCAGGGAUCAGAAAACCAAACUAAAGAAGCUGAUGUCAGUGACCACAGGAUGAUAGUAAGCAGAAGAGCCCAUAGGUCCAAAAGAAAAUUAUGUCCAGAGUCUUCAGAAACUUCAAAGAAGCAUUCCAGUACUACUCAUGGUCGAUCCAGUUCUUUUAGGAAUCAGAUACCUGACUUGGAUGAAUCAAAACCAAAGAAACUGCUCAUCAUUCCUAAAGCUUAGAUAUGAAGAGAAUGUCUACUACGUCACGGAGAGUUGACCACUCUGAACACUGGUGAACCCUCUUCCAGAUGUGUCUUCUGGAGCAUUGAGCAUGAAUUAGGGUCAGUGUGCUGCUGCAGAGCCUCCUUUUUCA